AUGGCUUGGCGUAACCAAGGAAUAACUGGCUCCAACAACAUCCCGCUUGGUCGACGACGCAUGGGCGGCGACGAUGGAGAGGAGGAAAGUCGCACUGCGACCCCUUCUUCUAUGCCCUCUUCGUCUAUGGGUCCCGAUGGCCCAAAGCGUGGGCGCAGCCCUGUUCAAGCCGAUCCAGGUCCCCUGAACACCGAUGGCGAUGGCAAGAGGCGCAAGAAGCGCAACCGCUGGGGUGACCAGCAAGAGAACAAGGCCGCCGGUCUUAUGGGCCUGCCGACUAUGAUCAGGGCGAACUUUACCACCGAACAGCUUGAAGCUUACACACUUCACCUUCGUAUCGAGGAAAUUAGCCAGAAGCUUCGAAUCAACGAUGUUGUCCCCGCCGAUGGUGACAGAUCCCCUUCGCCAGCUCCCCAGUACGAUAACUUCGGAAGACGUGUGAACACUCGCGAGUACCGUUAUCGCAAGCGUCUCGAGGAUGAACGUCAUAAACUGGUCGAGAAGGCCAUCAAGACCAUCCCUAACUACAACCCGCCUUCUGACUACAGACGCCCCACCAAGACCCAGGAGAAGGUCUACGUCCCCGUGAAUGACUAUCCAGAGAUUAACUUCAUUGGCUUACUCAUAGGACCCCGUGGAAACACCUUGAAAAAGAUGGAGACCGAGUCCGGUGCUAAGAUUGCCAUUCGAGGCAAAGGCUCCGUCAAAGAAGGAAAAGGUCGAUCUGACGCCGCUCACGGUAGCAACCAGGAAGAAGAUCUUCACUGCCUGAUUAUGGCGGAAACCGAAGAAAAGGUUAACAAGGCCAAGAAGCUUAUCCACAAUGUCAUUGAAACAGCCGCAUCUAUCCCCGAAGGCCAGAACGAGCUCAAGCGCAACCAACUUCGUGAGCUGGCUGCUCUUAACGGUACCCUUCGCGACGACGAAAACCAGGCUUGCCAGAACUGUGGUCAAAUCGGACAUCGCAAGUAUGACUGUCCCGAACAGCGUAACUUCACUGCGAACAUCAUCUGUCGUGUCUGUGGCAAUGCUGGCCAUAUGGCUCGCGAUUGUCCUGAUCGCCAGAAAGGCAGUGACUGGCGCAACGCCGGCGGCGCGGACAGACGUGGCGAUCGUGCUGUUGGCGCUGGUGAUGCCGUGGAUCGCGAGAUGGAGCAAUUGAUGAACGAGUUGUCUGGUGGUGCCCCUGGCGAAUACGAGCCCCGUCGCAUUGAAGCCGGCCCUGAUGGCGAAGGCCAUCCUGACCGUGAUUCGAAGCCCUGGCAACAACGGGGACCACCACCCCAAAGUGAUGUGGCUCCAUGGCAACAACGCCGCGAACCUCGCCCUCGUGAUGACUACGGAUCUCGCGACAACUACGGAUCUCGCGACAACUACGGAUCUCGCGACAACUACGGAUCUCGCGACAACUAUGGAUCUCGUGACGAUUAUGGAUCUCGCAACCAGGGCGGUCCUGCCCCCUGGGCUGCGCAGAACCAACCCCAAGUCCAACCCCAAACCCGCGACUACAAUUACGGAUCUCAAGGUGGUUAUGCUGCUCCUGGUACUGCCCCAAGUACUGCUCCUUGGCAGCAACAGGCCCCUCCUGGCGGACAGCAGCCUGCCUAUGGUGGUGGAUACGGUGGAUACGGUGGAUACGGUGGAUAUGCGGCUUACCCUCCUGGCAUGGGCGCUCCUGGUGCUGCCCCUCUUGGUGCUGCCCCUCCUGGUAUGGGCGCGCCUCCUCCCCCUCCUGGUAUGGCUCCAAUGUACCCUGGAGGUGCUGGCAGCCCCCCCCUCCGCCUCCCCCUGGCGAUGCCCCGCCUCCGCCCCCUUCAAGCGACCUGCCUCCCCCACCCCCACCUCCCCAGUGAUGACCUCGCCUCCCGGCGAGAAAAUAAUCUCGAUGAAAAUCGUUUUUCCAUGCGUGAAGAAAUUUCCUAUGGUGGCUUUGAAAGACAAUUCGACCAGGAUUGA